CGAGGUUCAUGCGCAAAUUUGAAAAUGUGUCAUUCUGCGCAUGUAAGUGUAAAUUUAAGCCAAAAAAAUUUUUAUAUUAAAAUCAUAAAAAAACAUUUCUAUUAUGUUAGAUACAUUGUAUUUUAACUAAAGUAUCACUUAAACAAUUCUAAAGGGAAUCAAAAUGCCCUAACAACAAUAGAAAAAUUUAGGUUAUGUUCUACUAUGUCAAUGUUUGAACCAUAACCUUUUUUAGUCUGUCCACAUGUUUCCGCGUCAUAGCUUGAAUGAAUAAUUAUGAUAACGUAUACAUAACUAAUUAAAUAAUGAGAAGAGAUUUUUUGUGCUUCAUUAAGUAAUAAUUUACAGAUUUAAAAAUUAUUUAUAAUUUACAAUACAAAAUGGAUACAAAUUCAGAAUCAUCCACUUCAUCAACUGUAGAGCAGAAGAUUAUUGCUCUUGCACAGGGCAAACCUAAAGGUAUAUCAGGGGCUGAUAUUUCUAAAGAAAUACCAGAUUUAUCUCCUGGACAACUUGCUGCUGCACUAAAUAAACUAUUAAGCCAAGGACAAGUUACCUUGUUUCAAAAAGGAAGUGUACUUUUAUAUAAAUUGAAUGAAGUAUCCAAGACUCAACCAUUAAAAGGAGCAGAUAAUGAAGAGAAAAUAGUUUAUUCCAUUAUUGAAGAGGCAGGAAAUAAAGGAAUAUGGAUGCGAAAUAUAAGACUGAAAUCUAAUUUAAUGCACACUCAGUUGAAUAAAAUUUUGAAAAGUUUAGAAACAAAAAAAUUCAUAAAAGCUGUCAAGUCAGUUGCUGCUAGCAAAAAAAAACUAUAUAUGUUAUAUAACUUAGAACCUGAUAAAUCUGUGACAGGAGGCACUUUUUAUCAAGAUCAAGAUUUUGAAGCUGAAUUUGUUGAUAUUUUAAAUCAACAGUGUUAUAGAUUUUUAGAACAAAAAAAUGAAGCUGCUAAAGAUUUUAGAGGUGGUCCAAUUGCUGCUAGAAAUAAGGCUUUUGCUUCCUGCAAUGAAGUUCGAAAAUUUAUUAAUGAUUUAGGAAUUAGUAAGGUAAAAUUAUCGGAAGAAGAUUUGGAAAUGAUCUUAAACACAUUAGUCUACGAUGGAAAAGUACAAAAAACAAUUUCUACUGAUGGAAGUACUUUAUAUCGAGCAGUUCAAUUUUUAGUACCUACUCCAGGUAUAAUGAAAACUCCUUGUGGACUCUGCCCAGUAAAAAAUAAUUGCUGUGAUUUGGGAGACGUUACACCUAUAAAAUGCCAAUAUUUUACUGAUUGGUUAGAUAUGUUAUAAAAUACAAAAAUACUUUUGUAAAAAUGUAGAAUUAUUGAAAUAAU